CGUCGUUGCAUUCACCACUCCCAGCACGGACCAUAGCGGCUGCCUGCCGCACCUGGGCGCGGCAAACUACGUUGAGAAAAUGUUUGCCGCAUCAUGACUUGUACGGUGUGCACAUAUCCUCGCACCUUGAUCCGGCUCUAUACUAUUUAGUAAAAGAACUAUCUUCAAGUCACAUUACGCAUCCAGCAUUACAUUUGAGCAGUACCUGGGCUGGACCAGUCCUCGAGGCCGAAACCAGAGACUCAGAAACUAUGCAGUCGGCGACCGAGAAAUCUCUAGCAGAACCCACAACGCCGCACUGCAGGGCGUCGCCCGCGCGUCCGGCUACCUCGAUUCCACCGCCUACGCCCAGCAAACCCAAGACGAGAGAAACAAGACUCGUACUCGGAGAUGAGACAGCUGACUUUGCCAUCGUGUGCGGGGGAACGCGGUUCAUGGCACACAAGGCGGUUCUGUCAGCCUCGUCUCCGUAUUUCGAGCGUAUGUUUCGGUUCAGCGGCAGUGAGGCUACAAACAGACAAGUAGAUGUCGCAGACGUCGAUGCCCUGAGCAUGCGGCACAUUCUCGAGUACAUGUACACGGGGGCAUAUGCGCUUCCUGGGGGCAUCGCCAUUCCGAAAGGCGAGUGGUACUUCUGCAGUCACGGCAGUUUAGCACUGUGUAGCAGGGGUUCAAGUGUGCGUGGUUCUCGCAUUUUCAAGCGGGCGUGUCCUUGUGCGGGAAAGGUGCUUGCGCCGGGGCAUUUGCUGCUGCAUGUGCGGAUUUACACCGUGGCCGACUACUUUGAUAUGUUUGGUCUUAAAGAGUAUGCGCGCCAGGGUGUGCUCGAUGUGCUGCAUGUGUAUUGGCAGGAUCAGAGACUGCGGUUGGCGGAUGUGCUGGAUGAGACGUUUACGGCUACGCCGGAUGGAGAUGUGGGGGUUAGAGAUGUACUGAUCGAGGUGCUAAAGGAGCAUCCUGGGUUGGUGGUGGAUGGGGGAGAGGUCAGGCGGUGGUUGGAUGAGAAUCCGACAGUGAAUGGUAGAGUGCAUUGGGAUUGAGUUGUGAAGAGUGGGGGGAUUCCGAAGAGUGGAAAGGUUGUACAUUGUUCUUUUACUGACUCUAGGCUGAAUAACGGGGCUGAACUUGUUCUGUUCCACUUGCCCCAUAUAUGUCGGCAAUAAGAACAAUAGAUACGCAGCCCCUUGCUAUUUUCCCCAGAAUGC